GGUUUUAAAGAUCCUGUGUACCGUGCGAGACGGAAGCAGUUUGCUGACAUUGCCUACAACUACCGCCAUGGGCAGCCCAUCCCUAGGGUGGAAUACACGGAGGAAGAAAAGAAAACAUGGGGUACGGUGUUCAAGACUCUGAAGUCCUUGUAUAAAACCCAUGCUUGCUAUGAGUACAAUCACAUUUUUCCACUUCUUGAGAAGUACUGUGGCUUCCAUGAAGAUAAUAUUCCACAGCUGGAAGACGUUUCUCAAUUCCUGCAGACUUGCACUGGUUUCCGCCUCCGACCUGUGGCUGGCCUGCUUUCCUCUCGCGAUUUCUUGGGUGGCCUGGCCUUCCGAGUCUUCCACUGCACACAGUACAUCAGACAUGGAUCCAAGCCUAUGUACACCCCCGAACCUGCUUUCUGCCAUGAGCUGUUGGGACAUGUGCCCUUGUUUUCAGAUCGCAGCUUUGCCCAGUUUUCCCAGGAAAUUGGCCUUGCCUCUCUGGGUGCACCAGAUGAGUACAUUGAAAAACUUGCCACAAUUUACUGGUUUACUGUGGAGUUUGGGCUCUGCAAACAAGGAGAUGCCAUAAAGGCAUAUGGAGCUGGGCUCCUGUCUUCCUUUGGUGAAUUACAGUACUGCUUAUCAGACAAGCCAACGCUCCUUCCUCUGGAGCUGGAGAAGACAGCCAUCCAAAAGUACACUGUCACGGAGUUCCAGCCCCUGUAUUACGUGGCAGAGAGUUUUAAUGAUGCCAAGGAGAAAGUAAGGAACUUUGCUGCCACAAUCCCUCGGCCCUUCUCAGUUCACUAUGACCCAUACACCCAAAGGAUUGAGGUCUUGGACAAUAUCCAGCAGCUUAAGAUUUUGGCUGAUUCCAUUAACAGUGAAAUUGGAAUCCUUUGCAGUGCCCUCCAGAAAAUAAAGUAAAGCCAUGGACAGAACUUGGCCUGUCAACUGCGAAUCUAUUGAUGGAGAUCCAACUACUUCUUUUAUCAGAAAAAAGUCUGAAAAGCAAACCUUAAUUUGAAAUGACAGACUUAAACUCUUUUUAGAACAAGAUGGAGAAAGAACAAAUAAGUCAAAAUAAUCUGAAAUGACAGGAUAUGGGGAUAUACUCAAAAGCAUAAUGGUAAAUCCUGUGGGGUCAUCUUUGAUUUAGCGAUGAUAAUCCCAUAUUCUCAAUUGAGUUAAAUCAGUAAUCUGUCGCAUUCAUCCAGGUUAAUUAAAAUUUGGGACCUGCUUCAUUCAAGCUUCAUAUAUGCUUUGUAGAGAGUUCAUAAAGAAUUAUAUAAGGCUAAAUGUAAAUCACAAGACUGUCAUUAUAAUUGAAUUUUGGGGCUUAAUAUAAAUCAUAACCUAUGAAGCUUAUUUUCUAUUUGAAUUAACUGUGAUUCCAAUCACUGCUUUGUUAUUGUACCUAAGUAAAUUUUCUAUAAUUUAGAAGCCCCUUAAAAUAGUUAUAAACAUUGAACUUCUUUAGAAUUAUAUUAAUGUAAAAACUUUUUUGUAUGUUUCAUUGUAAUCAUAAAUACUGUGUAUAAGGUAAUAAAACUCCCCACCUAAUCCCCACAACUUCCAGUAUCAUUUUUCAAUUAAUUAUCUAGUCUGUUUUGGAAGACAUUUUGAAGACAUUUAUGAUGCAGCAGAUGUUGACUAAAGGCUUGGUUGGUAGAUACCUAGAAAAUGUUCAUUGAAUAAAUAAGUCAAUACAUUAUUGAAAAGCAAAUCUAUAAAUGAGAAAAUUUUAUUUUUAUUUGAAAUAAAACAUUAAUAGUUUAUGCAAUUUUACAGUUUCAAACAUUUCCUGGAUUGAAAUAAUCCUCUCACUGCCUUAGAAAUACGUUAGCCAGAUAAUUUUUUAACAUGACAAAAUGGCCAGAGGCUCAUAUUUCCAGCCCUUUGCAGGAGCUCCUUGUGACACUCACAGUCAUACCUGGACAGUCAACAGACCUUGACUUUUGUUGAUUGUGUGUUUGACAUGAACACAUGAAUAUCUGAGAAGCAGAGGGGAGAAAAGCAAUGUCUUUAAAGCUAUGAUUUGAAAUUCUCACACUACUUCCCAUUUUAUUUUGGAAAUAGUUAAGUCUUAAAGAAUUUGUAUAGUGUUUCUUCGAGUGUAGUUGUCAGAUCAGUUGUAGCAUCAUCAACAGUAAAUUCUGGGUACCUUCCCAGCUCCACCCAAUUUGAAUAUCUGAAGGUAAGGCCCAGAGACCUGUAUUUUUAAGUACCCCAAAAUUAUCAUCAUUUUUAUUAUUAAUAGCCAAACUCUACCGGGUACAUUCAGUUUGAGAAAACCUGAUUUGUGGUGGUCAGACUGCCACUUACCAAUGAUGUCAAUGUGGAUAAGCCAUUUCCCUUCUUGAGACCUCAGUGUCACUCUAACAAUGCGGGAGUUCAACUUUAUAAACCAAGGUCCAUUGCAGCCUUGAAAUAUGAUUCAACUGUUCAUUUAUGUCUUUAAUAGCUAUACCUGAUCCACUAAUGAGGUAUCACAAUACCUGCUUACAUAAGCCAGCUGGGAGGAAAGAGGAAUUUACUGAAUGUGUCUCAAAUUUCACAGUUUUGAAGUUGGAAUUUUAUACCUAUAUCUAUGUUUAUGCCUUUGUAAAACCCAGUGAUUUUAAAGUGAAAAUGGACAUUUUUCUCUGGUGCUAUUCUAAACACCAAACAAUCCCUGUAAAGGGAUUGUUCUGAUGUUUUGUUAUUUCACAUUAAAAGCUAAUUGUUGACUCUGGAACUUAAAUAUUACAUAUCUUUGACAAUAAAAGAUGUUUCAAUGAGCUUGAA